UGUGCGAGCAGGAGGUUCUUUGUAACUUCCUGGACCCGUCAGUAUGGUUCACAGAAAACUGGUGUCAUCGGCUUUAGCCAUGGCUGGAAAGCCGGCGCGUUAGAAGCGUUUGUCCUCCGUCUCAGAGACGGAUCUGAGGUCUGCGACAACCCGUGUGAUCUGAUCCAGCCUUAGAGUGGGGAUGGCCACGUCCCAAGGCCCCACCAUCCUCUGGAGCCCAAUGGUGAUUGUGGAAGCUGCGGGUGGAGCCCUGCCCCAGGUUUCCCAGUACUCAGUGAAACCUGCCAACCAGGAAGAGGGCUGCGUGUCCUUUGAGGAUGUGGCUGUGUACUUCUCCUGGGAGGAAUGGACACUGCUUGAUGACUCUCAAAGGCUCCUGUACCAGACGGUGAUGACAGAAAUCUUCACACUGGUGUCCUCCCUGAGACUUGAACUUUCUGGGAUUCAGGAUUUGACUCAGGCGGAGUCUUGUGGAGAUCUCUCUGUGCCGGCACUGAGGUUCUUGACUCCAUGUUUAUGGACAGGUUGUUGGAUCAAAGUGGAGAGCGAGUCGUCCCCUAUUGAGCAGAGUCUGUCUGCAGAAGGAGGUGUUAGUUUAUCCACGCUGCAACAGCAAAUGCUGUGCUGUGCUGAGACACCCUUGCUAAGCACGGACAAUGUGACGAUCCUUCAGACCUCCAGUCUUCUCAGGCAUCAGGUGACUUCCAGUGGUAGGGACGCCCCAACGAACACUGAGAGCGGAGAGGCCAUUCAGAGCGAGAAGAAGAACUGCAAAUGCACUUACUGUGGCAAGAUCUUUACCAGUAUAUCCCACCUCAAUCGGCACUGGAAGAUACACACAGGAGAAAAGCCUUUCCAGUGCAGCGAGUGCGGGAAGUCCUUCAGCCAAAAGGCCUUUCUCAUUAAGCAUUUCAGAAUGCACACCGGAGAGAAGCCUUACAGGUGUGGUGAGUGUGGCAAAGCCUUCAAGCAUAAUAUCUCCCUUAUUUCCCAUCAGGGACUCCACACAGGAGAAAUGCCUUUUAAGUGCACUGAAUGUGGGAAAUCAUACAGGAGCAGAGAAGGCCUUAAGGUCCAUUAUCGGUUUCACACUGGCGAAAUGCCCUUUGAGUGUAGUGAAUGUGGCAAGUCGUACAGGAGCAGAGAGGGCCUUCUGAAUCAUUUCUACAGUCAUACUGCAGAGAAGCCUUUCAGCUGCGGUGAAUGUGGCAUGUAUUUCACCCAAAACUCCGAGCUCAUUGAACAUCUAACGGUUCACGGCAAGCCUUUCAAGUGCAACGAGUGUGGGCGAGUCUUUAAUUCCAGUUACAACUUCGUUAGACACAUGAAAGUGCACGUUGUAGCAAAGCAGUAUGCAUGCAGGGAGUGUGACAAAGUGUACUGCAGCAGUUCUAGCCUGUACAAACACCGGAAGAUUCAUGCGAGAUAAACCACUCAGGACAGCUCUAAGGGUACGACGUCCUUUGGCCAUCUCCAUGAACACUUGAAAUCUCAGCGAGACAAAAGAAGUGUUAAACGCUUCAAAGCAAAGGAGGGCAUCAUCUACCCACUCCAGCCCAGAAAAGUGAAGUUGUCACCGGACUUAGGCUGCAGUGUGAACCCUUGGAUUCUGGGGUAGGCUCUGAGCAGAGCAAAAAUGUUUUCUGAACAACAGGCCCAGCCCGCAUUGGUCUCUGGGUGUGGAGAUUGUAGGGAGUAGCUUCAGCCACUGGCAAACCUUCAGCCCUAGGACUGAACCUGACCUUAGAGAAGUUCCAAGAAUGGCUUUUGUGAAACACAGUCAUUGGAACUUCCUCCUCGAGUAGGUACAUCAGGACAUGAGGACUAUUGUCAUCUUUCUGUUCCCAAGGAGCUGAUGCCAGGGAGCUAAGUGAGAUGGCAGAGUUUCUGAUUUUGGAUGGCAUAGGAACAGAGUGGUUUAAUAAUGAGACAUGACUGCUCUUUUUGCUGAGUGUUGCAGUGCCCUGAAAUAAAUGUGUUUUUCUUCUCUGUAA